GCCCGCCGUCUGGCGGUCGGGUUCAGAGCGCGCGCUGCGCAGCGGCGUUCCCGGCCGCCGCCAUGGCGUUGCGCGGCGCCGCGGCGCCGUUGCGGGCCUUGGCGCGCCCGCCUGGCCACGGCGUCGGCAGCCGCCACCUGCGCGCCCCCGCGGGCCUGCGCUGCUGCUCAUCUGGGCGGCCGACGCGGCAGCGCAGCGUGUCCGGCGUGCUGGAUUUGCUGACGUGCAACCCCAGGCACAUGCUCAGCUCCGCGAAGCUGCGGAUCCUGAACGUCGUGUACCCGAGGGUGUGGGACCCGCGCAGCUUCAGGGAGGGCGUGGCGGAGCGGCUACAAGCACGUGAAUGCGUUGCUGGACGAGGGCGACUUCCUCGGCCUUCGGGGGCUGGUGUGCGACAAGCUUCUCGACGACCUGAGGGCGUCCCACGCUGGAUUGGCGGACGGCCUAGACUACGAGUUGCUGGAGGUGCACCAGUUGGGUAUCUUCAGGUCUGCGGCCAAGGCGGAUGAGUUUGGCAACGAGGCCGUGUACGUGACGCCGCUGCUGCGGGUCCGCGAAAAGUUCACGCUGGUGAAGGACGGACCUCGUUGUACCAACCGCCUCGUGCUUCUGCGCGCCAGAGCAGCAAGAUGUGGGGCGAUCCAGAAUGGCCUCGCCUUCGAAGGAUCGAGGAGCUGACGCCCUCCCCUUGCGCAAGGCGGCGGGAGGGCGGCAGACGUUGGCGGAAGCAGGACGAGAGAGCCUUCGCCGGCGGAGGGCAGGCGGAAAUAAAGUGCUAAUAUCGAAGAGGUGUCCGGUUUGGGGAUUCUGGGUGUUUCUGGACUCGCUCAUGUGGCAAGCCAGGUGACGUAUCCAUAGGUGCGUGUCAAGCAGAGUGGCCGCAACGAGCAAGCGUGCUCCACGUGCAAAGGUUGCCCCGGCGGCCAAUCGAGUGGAUUAUCUCGGCAGUGUGGCAUGCUCUGAAUUCGAUGUUCGCCGAGUCGGCCAGAGAGCAUUAGAAGCAGUAUGUAGCACCACCCGUAGAGCGCGCCCCACGGAUGCGCGGCACCAUGGUUAUCUGGGCUGUAGAUGCAGCUACGGUCAAUCUUCAUGCCCCCCUCAGUGGCGAGGAUACUACGUAUUGGUGGGAAGUGCAACGUUUGCACAAGUGGACGUUCAAACGCAUUCUCCCAGGAGAUGAUGGUGCAGAGGAGCAUUCUUGUUUUGAUUUCGUCUGGAAUCGUCGCGCCCAUUGAUCAUCGUGUACAGCCCUUCGCAUUGCACGCCUAGGCGCGGACUUGUUCAUGUGAUGUGACGUCACUUAGCCCUGGCUCAUGCCUCGUCUCUUGGUGGUUGUGGUUCCAGGCGCAGCCGAUUGCUAGCAGUGGGUACGAUAGCAUGCAGCAUGUUAUCAGAGCAUGCCCCAGAUUGUAAUUUCUACGUCGAGUUUCCAUCGGUUUGCACGCGCCUGUCCUUGGAAACAUACACAUCUAUCCGGGGUCCAGGGCCGGGGGCCUGAAAAGGCGGAUCCCAGAUCCCUGUGCCGGCGGUGGGGACCUGGGGCCUCUGGCGGACUGCAACGAAAAACGCUCAGACACGGCCUCAGAGAGCCCGAAGAACCUCCAGGACAGUCCAGGAAGCCCCCGAGACGGCCCAAGCCUGCUCGAAUACCGCCCAAGAUGUUCACAAGACGGCCGUUUGUGUUCCCAAGAGCGACCAAUAAGGGCGCAUAUAAGGAUGUGACGAAGCAGCGACGCGUACGCCAUUGCAGUUCGAGA